UUGAUGCAGAAAAGUUAUCACUUGUGCAGUGCCAAUGAGAACUUUACUAAGAGAGCUUGUAAAUUCCUAGUUGAGGUCAUUGUUUACAGAGAGCUUACAGAGGUUUGGCUCAUUUCCUGCAGUUUUAUUUUUUUUCUCCUCUGCUCCCUCUGUCUUUUAAAGCUGCGCUGCCUCCGCAGAUUUUACCUCUCGGCCGAACCCACCGGACACACACGCUGGUGUUGAGUGAGAGACGCUCAUCUGUUUUCAUCUGUUUUGGAGAGGUGCCAGGAAUUAUCUCACUUCAACCAUGACUGAUCGAUUUGACUGCUACUACUGCCGUGACAACCUGCACGGGAAGAAAUAUGUGAAGAAGGACGAGAAGCAUGUGUGCACCAAGUGCUUUGAUAAGCUCUGUGCCAACACCUGCGCAGAGUGCAAACGCCCCAUUGGUGCAGACUCCAAGGAGCUGCAUCAUAAGAACCGCUACUGGCAUGAGGACUGUUUCCGCUGUGCCAAGUGCUACAAGCCUCUGGCUGCUGAGCCCUUCAGCGCCCGGGAUGAUGGCAAGAUAAUGUGCGGCAAGUGUGGCGCCCGGGAGGAUGGCAACCGCUGCCAGGGCUGCUACAAGGUGGUCAUGCCAGGAUCCCAGAACGUGGAGUACAAGAACAAGGUGUGGCACGAGGAAUGCUUCACCUGCUUUGAAUGCAAGCAGCCAAUCCGCACACAGAGUUUCCUGACCAAAGGUGAUGACAUCUACUGCGGUCCCUGCCAUGACAAGAAGUUUGCCAAGAAAUGCUUCCACUGCAAGCAGGCCAUCACCUCUGGAGGCAUCAGCUACCAGGAUGAACCCUGGCACUCUGAGUGUUUCAAGUGCCGCACCUGCGGUAAAUCUCUGGCAAAUACUCGCUUCACUUCCCAUGAAAACAACGUUUACUGCGUGGACUGCUUCAAGACUGAUGUGGCCAAGAAGUGCCACGGAUGCAAGAACCCAAUCACAGGGUUCGGCCAUGGCACCAAUGUGGUGAACUAUGAGGGGUACUCCUGGCAUGAGUAUUGCUUCAACUGCAAGAAGUGCUCCCUCUCGCUGGCCAACAAGCGCUUUGUCAUCACUGGAGAUCACAUCUACUGCCCUGACUGUGCCAAGAAGCUGUGAACUGCACAAUCAGCUGUGCUGAGGAUCACUGUGUAAAGGGGAAUCACAUCAAAACUGACUGUUGAUUUGCAAAACAACAUAUUUUUCUCAUGAAAUUAUACUUUCUGGAGUUUUCGGAGUGUGAAUUGAGUGAUAACAAUAACACAUCAGAAAUGUUACUGUUUCUAAAUCAGAAGAUCAAAACAGUCAAUUUUGGUGAAACUCUUGAUGCAGUUGACAAACUCGAGGUUAUUUUAACUAAAUAUGCACUAGCUUGAAACAUUUAUCUACAUAUACCUUUUUGCAACUUUCAGUGUUAUAUACUAACAUGGCACGAUAAUUUCUUUUGAGAUUGUGAUAUUAGUUUGACCUAAUCCAGGAUUCUGUGCAGCUGUAUCAGACAUAAGACUUUUCAGUGCCUUACUGGAAUCGUUCAGAAAAUAGUAUGCUUUUUACAUGUAUACUGCUGCUCAUACAUACCAGCUUUGAUUAAUAAUCUCUUACAUCUCUGAAGGUCUGAAUGGAUGAUGAGAAUUUUCAAACGAUGUUUAGCGAGUGAAUUUCAAAUACAAAUCUUUGAGAUUGAUGCUGAAAUAUAAAGUGCUCAUGUAUUCAAGACUUUGAGUGGAGUGAAAUGUAAAGCAAGAAUAAAAAGGAGGACGCGAUCUGAAGUCUCUUAUUUCUAUACGGCAAGAAAUUAAAAGCAAAAGGGAGUAUUUUUGCAAGACUUUAUUGUUUUAACAUUUUGUAUCAUCUCAGUACACUUUAGAUAUAUUUACAGUACAAAUUUUACUUAUGGACAGGGCAUUGUUAGGUUUGUAAAUCCAGAGAAAUAUUCCAGAGAAAUAUUCAUAUUCACAAAGUUGCCCUGGUUGAGUUGACUGAUUGUCGAGGCCGAGGUAAGGACAAGCUUUUUUUUAGUUAACUGUGAUACAAUAAAAAUACUAAAUCUCAAUCUAAGGCACCAUUCUAUCCUAUUGUUAUAGACAACGUUGAGGACUAAGAGCAGUCGGCUCUGUACUCGAGCCCUCAAAGAUGCAGCAGGACCUGGAAUACAGUAUCUGUUCAAGCAGCAGCUACAACAGCCCCCCCAACUGGUGCUACUCAGGAGUGGAGAGAGGAGUCGGAAAGGUUUGGGUAUAGGCAAGUUUUAGGUUAUGAAUUAGACUUCUGGGAAGGAACAAACCACAUAGAACUUUUUUUCCUCUUUUCUUCCAGAAUUUCACACACGAGUCUGUACAGUAAAGCUAAUCCUCGGUAACCGUCCUUUAAAACAUACUGAGUAAUUUGUGACAGUGCAAAGAGUCUCAUGUUUUUCUAGAUGAAUAAUGUAUGAAUGCUAAAAGCGGGCAGCUCGGAGAGACGUGGUAAAUAAUAGAGGACGGUUUCUGGAGUCUGUUACAUUCUUUGAGCUUGUUAAUCAAAGCAAACAUCUAAAAGGUCCUAGUCUAUGUACAAAGAGAUUUUUAGUUAGCAACAGCCAGCAGAGAACAAGGCAAAAAUGAAGGUCCCCAAACCUCGUGCUUAGACUAUUCAAGCAAGAUUUUAAUACAAUUCACAAGAGCUCCAGAAGAGACAGAAAACAAUGUCUGACCCAAGUCAUAUUUUGUCUAUUGCCUCACAUUACAAAGUAGAAUUGUUGUGACCUGAGCUGAUAUGCCUACCGUAACUAUCCAACAACAUCCCCACACCAUUUGACAUAAUCAAAACACAUUUUGAUGAGAUUAAAAGCAUCAUAAAGAGGCACGGCCAUGACUGUUAUCAUGGGUCAGACAUGUUGCUAAGGGCUGUAACAAAUCUGCCCGUCACCAAAAUGUCAAUUUUUAGUUAAGUCUGUGAGGCAAUAUUCAGAAUCAGGGCUUGGGGAUAUGGGACUUAAAGUUCUCAAACAUACACACAAAUACACAUACCAUAUUUUGAGAAACAUAGAGUGGGUCCCCACUUGGCCCCUUGUUUUGCAGAACUCCUGUGGAAGAGGGCUUUAGUAAAUUUUGGGUUUCCAGGCUGCCCAAACAUAACCUGACUACCCCAUCACAGGGCACGAGUCAAACAGAAACCUUCACGCACAGUCAUGUACACAGAGACUUCAAUUAUCCACAACCUGACACUCCGUCCUACACAUGGCUUCAUUUGCCUAAUACUGAUUAUAUACACAAUACGAUAACACUUAAAUAUAUGUAGAAAUGUAUUUUCAUAUAUAAACAAACAGCCAGAUUUUAUAUUAUAAAAAAUAGUUGAAAUGCAAUUUUUGUUAGGUGUAGCAGCUAGUGUGUGGAAAUCUCAGAAGAAGGUGGUUAGUGGGAAGUAAAUGUAUUUAAUGGAAGAGUCGCACGGACAGGAGGAUGGAUGACGUGUGUGUGGUAAAGCUCGAGUUAAAACCAGAUGAUUGAAAACCUAUUUUAGUUUCAGCAAAAAUGAACAGCCGAACAUUCGAGUUCAGCAACAAACACAAACCGUGUUAAAAAGCUCACAAGCAGCUAUGAAUGAAUCUAAUGGAUUUUUCAAGUUACAGCUGUGGUUAUUCAAACAGUUGUGUUGUACAGAUGCAGUCGGCAUAGUCUGAUGUAAGUUAUGAUGUUAGUAAACAUAAAUUCCAUACACAUAUGUAAAAAAAUAACAAAACCUAAAUGAACCAUGAGCCCUAAAAUCAACAAACAGCUGAAACUUCAUCGAACACUACAGUGUUAUUAUAAAUCUCAACACUCAUCAGCUUCAAAUGUAACAGUAGAAGUUGUGCUCCUGAAGCCCUCUAGUGGCCAAAAGGAGGAAACACACAAUGAGAGAAGAUGGGGAGACAGGCGAGUGUGUUACGCAUGAACAAUGGGGCUGAACGGACAGAGAUGUGUGAAGUAUGAAUACAGAAUCCACCUUGAAGUGCAAGCAUGUGAUGGAUGAUUGCUAAAUUGUGCGUUUGUGAGCUUCAACACAAGCAAUUUAGUAUAUUCACACUUCUCAAAGUUUCGAAUGGUAAGGCCAUAUAUUUACUGGAUGCUGCAAAAAGCAGCCGGUCAAGUAGAUUUAGAUGAAUCACAUGCAAAACCUGGUACGCUAUCCCCACACAGCAACCAACACAAGAGAAUGUAUCGACGUCCCUUCCUUCAACUCGCGAUAUUAACCUCAUAUUCAAUUCACAGCCUCGUGUACAUGUGUCCUGGAAUAUUUCUCAUAAGAGA